GCCCUCCCGGAUGUCUGUCAUGAAGAAUAGCUAGGCGGCUGUCUCACGUGUAUCAAACAAAACACAGACAAAAGGUUGAUAUUCCUGCAGAUUUACGGGUUUUGUGGAGGGCAGCAGUGAAACAGCAGCGCAGCUAAUGCCCUUUGGAGACACCUGGCUUCGUGUUUACAUCCAUAAAGCAACAAAGUGGACAUCAUCUGGUGAGACAUGGCAGAGGGAGGCUUCGACCCUUGUGAGUGCAUCUGCAGCCAUGAGUAUGCUAUGAGACGCCUCAUCAACCUGCUCAGGCACUCUCAGUCCUACUGCACAGACACAGAAUGUCCUCAGGAAUUGCCGGGUCCUAGUGGGUCGGUCGGCGGUGGUGGAGAACUGACCCUCCCCAUGAUGGUUAUGGGAUGGAUGGUUCUGGCUCUGGUCCUCUUCCUGCUGCGCCCGUCCAGUCUCAGAGGUUCCAGACAAACAGACAAACCUACUGGACCCCACAAUAGGGACAGAAGAGAACCUCCAGCACCCCCCGUUGAUUAGCAGCGGAGCCAGACUAGGAGCACUCAGACACCUGGAGCUGCACCGUGACGGCGUUACUGUGGCCAGUGACCAUCUCCCUGCCCAGCUUUAUCCAAAUAUCUCUUUCUUUUCUUUCUUUUCCUCAUGGUGUUUCGGGGUGAAUCAGUCAAUGAUUCCUAUUAUGAGGGCCCAAAUCGAGCUGGAUUGAUGAGGUGGAAUACAGACACAUAAAUCUGAUGGUUUGAAGGUCAAAAUAGAUUUUUUUUUAAUGUAUCAAAACCUGCCACAAAAACAGUUUUGUCAAGUGUGUGUGCUCAUUUUGUUUUGGUCAUUUUUGACAAAUAUACAGAAUGAGUCAUUUAAAAACAUAAUAAGAAUAUAAACACCUCUUUCCCAAACACAUAACUUUAAUCAAUAUAACAAAACAGGACAUGCUCUGUAUUCUCCAGACAUUAUAUUAUUAGCCAGUAAUGUCAGCAUGUUCAUAUAUCAGCCGGGUGUUCACUACAUUUUAAUCAGAUAUUUUUUUGCAUUAUUCAGAGUAAGUUCCUGAUCCCAGCUUUGGGGCUGACUGACCCGCAGAAACUUGAAAUGAAAGAAUGUGUUUCCUGGUUUUGGAGAGGAGGGAGGGGGAAGCAGGGAGAUCUUUAAGGAGAUCAAAAUAAUGUUUGUGUGCUUUUUGAGUAAUGAGGGGUUGUGGGUUUCUCGUUUCUCUCUUUCAACUAAAUACGACUCUAAACAGCACCAAUAAUGAUGUCGCACCACAUAAUGUUUUAAUAGUCAGUUCAAACCAGCAGAGAGAUUUCAUUUCAUUGUGGAACAAAAUAUACUCAGUGCAGGAAACAUAUGUUUUACUCCUAUUGAAAUCAUUCUUUAUACUGUAAUGUUUUGUGUUUAAUGAUGAAAGUGAUUAUUGUGAACUGACUUAAGAGUAGCCUAGAUUCAUACUUUAAUAGCACCUUUAUGUCGUAUGUUGGUUCUUUUUUUUUUUUUUUUUUUUAAGGUGUGUGGUGUAAACUCAGCUCUCUAAACGAUGUUCAAGUGGAGACGAGCGCUUGGUCCUUUCUUACUUUAAACAACGGCAAUCUUUCACUCAUCGGAGCAAACCAAGGUUUCUACUUCACAACUUCUGUUUGGCCAUUUGUUGCAUCAAUGGAAUGGAAAGGAGCAAACAUAAGUGCAGUUUAAACCAGUGCCAAUGUGUUUCUGUAGUACUGAUUCUCUGCUCAUGUGGAGGACGUCUUGUGAAUGAACAGCAAUAUAUGAAGUAAUUUAAUUCUAAUGUUGUGAUAGGAGGAUCUGAAAUGUACUAUUGUAUCAUGUUUUCUCAUUUCUGUGGUUAACAGUGCAAGGUCAUUUUUUUCCAUGACCAGUUGUUUAGCGCCUCAGUCAAGAGCUGUGCCAACAAUCAUAAUAGUUUUUCAUUCCUUUUUUUGCGAUGGGUUGCAGUACGUGAAAGUAGGUUUUCUGCUUUCAGUCACUUGGGGAUCUUAAUCAUGUACCUACCAUGAAAACAAUUCUAUUCAAGUUGUUCUAGGACUUUGGUCGUGCUUCAUGGUGACAUCAGAAAUGAAAGAAGGGUCUUUAUUAAAUGCAUUGUUUAAACGUUCAGAAAGGGGACAUGCUCUGUAACACGUGUGGGCUCAGUUCAUCCCAAAAGUCUUGAAUGGCUGCUCUUCAUUUCCAUAUCAACUCAUGUCCCCUGAUACUUUUAUUACAUCUCAGAAGAUUUGCUUUGAAGAUGGCAGGGACGAGACAAAAAGAUGAAACAAGUAGCUGUGUAGAAUUAAGGGGAAGCCAUACUAGAUUGUUGAGAUGAACAGUGAGAAGACCAUGAUUGAAACUGUUACUGUCUGUGAGAAAAAGGGCUUCAACUAUGCACUUUUACUACAACAACAAAAAAAAAACAAAUAAAAAAAACAGUGUAACUUA